UUUUUUUUUCACUCUUUUUUUUUCACUUGUAGCUUUUUCAAAGAAUAGUUUUAAGGAGAGCAUGAUGAAUAUGAAUGAAACCAGCAUACAAGUUCCAGUUGAUAGUGGAAUCGCUCAAACUCUAACUGAAUCUGUGGGCUUAAGCUAUAUUGUGAGGAGCAAAUUUGGAUGCAGUGCUGUUCUUAAGAAUGCCAAAGCUAUUGGAUCUCACCGUGGAGAAGGAUCUUUCAAACCUGAAAUAAGGUACUCGAAGACACUGGACAAGGGGGUGAAGAUCUCCGUCUGGAAAGAUGAUUUGACCACACACAAGGCUGACGCUGUGGUCAAUGCAGCUAAUGCUGGAUUACAGCAUUGUGGUGGCCUUGCUGCUGCCUUGUCAAUGGCAGGUGGGCCAACUAUACAAGUGAUGAGUGAUGAACUCAUAAGAAGGCGAGGGAGUGUCUCUACUGGUGAAGCAGUGGUUACUAGAGCAGGACACCUUCCCUGUAAUUUGAUUAUUCAUGCUGUUGGCCCUCAGUGCAAACCACUGAUCGGUAAAAGAGAACUGGAUGAUGCAUCAACUCUACUCAGAAAAGCUAUAUGUAGUGUGAUAAAGGAAGCAGAGAGAGAAUGUAUUCAUUCAGUUGCAAUUCCUGCUUUAAGCUCAGGUUUAUUCUGCUUCCCCCUACCUCUCUGUGCAGAAGUCAUUGUAACUACAUUAAAACAAUAUAACAGGCAUAACUCUUCAAAGAAGAGUAGUGUAAAAGAUAUCCGCUUGGUGAAUCACGAUGAUAAAACAGUCGCUGAAAUGGAAAAGGCCUGCAGAACGUUGCUUGGCCCUGCAGAUGACAAAACAGCAUUCUACAGCGGCGCUGUAACAAAUGACACGCCUACCCAAUCAGCAGAUUCAAUCCGAAUUCGAAAUGUCACUCUGCACAUCAAUCACGGGAGUAUUGCAGAUGAGAAGGCCAAUGUGAUUGUGAAUACAGCAUCAACAGAUCUUAAUUUAACCCAAGGAUAUGUUUCUCUUGCAAUUCUGAGUAAAGCUGGGAGUCAGCUUCAGCCUGAAAUAUAUAAAGUAGCAAAAUCACAUGCAUAGCAUGGUGCUGUGAUAAAUACUAAAGGAUUCCAAAUGGGCUGUGAUUUUCUAUAUCACACUGUAUGCCCACACUGGUCAGAUCGCCAAUCAUCAGAGAUACUUUCUCAUAUUGUGAUGCAGUGUUUAUGUAUGGCUGAAAGAGACUGUGUGAAAUCCAUUGCAUUCCCUGCCAUUGGCACUGGGAAUCUGGGUUUCCCUAAAGACAAGGUGGCAAAAAUCAUGAUGGAACAAAUUUUAUGGUUUGCUGAACACAUGUAUAAGGGCAGUAAACUUGAUGUCUUCUUUGUUCUGUAUCCACCUGAUCGGGACACUGUCAAGGCCUUUGAGAGGGAAUUAAAAGCAUCCCUGCGUCACAAUAACUGGAAGGAUGACAUGUCCAGUUCACUGGGUACUAAUAAGCAAGGACUGUGUGUUGAAAUUUGUGGAGAAGAUAAGGAAGCACUAAUGGAAGCAGAAAAAUGGAUUAGACACACCCUGCUUCAUUCUCAGGAACGUCUCACCAUUCAGAACAAUCACAUAUAUUACUUUGGCCAGAAGGAGCAUGAUGAUCUGUGUAGAAUUCAGCAUAAUUACAAAGUGUCCUUAAAAGAAACAGUAAAGGAUGGAGAAGCGAGUUUAAAGAUUACAGGCACUCCCCAGAAAGUCAUAAAAACAGUGCUGGCAGUUGAGAAGCUGUGCUGUGAGGUGCAGGAAGAGUAUGCCAUGGCAGAAGAGAAUGAGAUGUUGCAAUCCCUGGUCCAGUGGCGACGUGCUGACAUGCCUGCACUGGCAGAAACAGAGAUCACUGGCAGUGUAGAGAGAGCAUACUUGUCAAGGAAGACAUCACCAGUCAUUGUCAUUAAUGGACAGAACGUGAAAGUCUCUUUUAAUUUCGGACAGCAAAGUGCGACAGCUAUGACAGACCAUGGAAAAGCUUACAAUUUUGAAAGGAAAUGGAAGUACAGAUGCUGUGCGUUACAUAUUGGCCUGUUGGAUACAGAUUACGCCAAGAUAUACACUAUCUCAAAUGGAUCGUUUUGUCAAAGGAUAGUUGAAGACCCUUCCAAAAAUCAGCAUAAAGAGAAAGUCCAAUUAUAUAAAAAAACUGGUCUUGAAGUUGUAAAGAUUAAAAGCAUAAACAACCCGCUUCUGAGGAUUCAUUUUGAAUUGAAAAAGAAUGCUCUGGGAGGAAAAGCACAGACUCUGUACCACCGGGUCCCAGCACAGUUCUGCAUUCCAGUAUGCAGGGCAGGAUUUUGGAGGGUAUAUUCCCAGCCAAAAAAACAAAAUUUGGGAGCUGGCGUAUAUUUCAAUGAAAAGCUUGAUACAUUGAUGAGAGACCAGAGUAAUGAUUUUGAGAGUGAUGCACUGAUUUACAUCUUCGAAGCGCAGGUUGUGACUGGGAAAACCACAAUUGGCUCAGCAGAAUUGAUUGUACCCCCUGGUCAGAGUGAAGACCGUCUGACACGGUACGAUAAUGUUUCCGGUGGAACGUCCACACGUGUCAUUUUCAACAGUCGGCAAGCUUAUCCUGAAUAUUUAAUUACGUGCAGACAGUCACCUGCCUCUCCAAGAGGAAGAAAUGUUUAAUGACAUGCCUGAUUUCAGAGGUUCCUUAUAACACAAUUGUCCUUUAACUUUUACAGCCUUAUUCAAACUUUAUCACUCACAUGUGUGCUGAAAUAAAGGAUUGUUAGAUUUAUGAUCAGAUAAUCACUGUUAAUGAUCUAAAAAAUACUGUUUAAUCAUUUACUUGUUUAAGAUAUAUGUAUUGCAUAUGAUUAUAUUCUUGUUUAUCUUAAAGUUUGUUUUUCCUUGUAAUUGUGUUAAUUGACAGUUCUCUCAAAUCUAGAAGUUAUUUUGUGUUAAAAGGUGGAAGUGAUGUAUUGACGAAAUAUGGUUCAAGAUCACUGCUUGAACCACUUUUAUAAGCAGUUGACAAUAAUAAAAACAGUAGCUUUGUAAGCCUUUCACCCUACUUGGUGGGGGAAUGUUACUUUGAAUACACUUUUAGCAAAUAGGGGAAAAUUAUAAUUGUAAAAUGAUAUGAUCUUCAAAUCAAAAAAUAUUUCUAAAUAAAGUAAAA